GGAAAAGGUAACUAAUUUGUUGGAAAAGUGAACACGGGAGCAAGCAAGUCAACAAAACAGUGAGUCAAAUUUACUACGGUGCACUGAUAAUGCGCCAACAUGUACAACAGUCUCAAUCCAAUGGAUUCAUAAUAUCUUUCAGGUCGUGCCAGAGUUGUUCCUUUGAAUGUUAAUGUUGAUACUACUGUGUUGUCUUACGAAUCCGUCAGCAAAUAUUUUGCUUUGCGACACUUGUAGCUCGGGGCCUCAUUUGGAGAGAGCCGGGCGACACAAAUACCGCCAGCGAUGAUCUGGCCUCUUAAUUAUGCCUGCCUGUGUGUGUGUGUGUGUGUGUCGAGAUUAGUCAUGGUGUGUUCCCUUGAGAGCAAAAGAAAAUAGACUUUGCAAACUCCCGCCUUAGCAUAGCGGAGGGGUUUGGAUGACCCAAUAGUUCAUUAAUCCCCCCCCCCCCACCCCUUUUUUUUUUUUAACUGUAUAUUGGAGACAUUUGUCUUUCCGAUCAAAAGAUAAGACAAAGGUUCAGAAGUCAUGCUGUUAACAUUGAGAUGUGUUAAGUCAACUUCAAAUGUUUGUUUAGAAUAAUAUCUUCUCGGUGGCCCAACGAGUCGAAACGCGGCAUUCCCAUCCACCCGUUUAUACCCAUGGAGGGGGCAGACACUGAGAAAAGAAGAGGAAAAAAUAAUGUAUUUAUAUAUAUAUACAAUACAAUACAUGCUGAUUUAUAUAUAUAUAGAGAGAGAGAGACUGGAAAAUAUUUAUAAAAUUUGAAAAUAGGUCUCUUACAAAACAUGUCUUUCAAUGUCAUGCCUUUUUUGUCUCAUUUCAACUUCCUAAUCUUCUGAAAGAAAUUUCUUUAGUUUUCCAACUUCCUGGUUUGUCCUCGUCUUUUUUUCCACAUUCAAUUUCAUUGUGAAGUGUCCCAUAAUCCUAAUGCUUAUUUAAAAUGUCUGUCUUUGCCACAAUAAUUAUUGUGGUGGUGUGUGGGGGGGUGUACCUUACAUCAUUCUCAGCGUUUUCUUUAUUUUGGUACCAAAAGUAUAAAAAGGCCAUGCGCGUGGGCACCCCCCCCCCCCCAAACAUGCGCACGCUUCCUGUGCACAUCUGUGUUUUCCUGUCGUGUGUGUGUGAGAGCCGAAGUUGAGCAGUGGGGAGUGCCGUGUCGUCCCGACUAGCAUCGGUUUGCACGCUGGCAGGUUUAAUUCUCAAUUUCAGCUUCUCUUUGUACUUCCCGUCAGGAAUGCAAAGCAGCAUGGAGGCAAGCACCUUUUUGGUCCUGGAGAACUUCAUCGGAGGGAAGUUUGUCACGUGCCAGAGUUACAUUGACUCGUAUGACCCGUCCACGGGGCAAGUGUACUGCAAAGUGCCCGACAGCGGCGAGCGAGAGGUGGAGGCGGCGGUGGCUGCGGCCAAGGAGGCCUUCCCAGGCUGGGCCGCUCGAAGUCCAGAGCAGAGGGCUCAAGUCCUCAACAAGAUGGCCGACCUGAUCGAUACCCAUCUGGAGGACUUGGCGCUGGCUGAGUCCAAAGACCAAGGUAAGACGCUGACGUUUGCGCGGACCGUGGACAUUCCCCGAUCUGCGUACAACUUCCGCUUCUUCGCCUCGUCGGUGCUCCACCACACCACCGACUGCAGCCAGAUGGACCACAUGGGCUGCCUCAACUACACCGUGCGCUGCCCCGUGGGGGUUGCCGGUCUGAUCAGCCCCUGGAAUCUUCCGUUGUAUCUGCUGACGUGGAAGAUCGCACCCGCCAUCGCCACGGGCAACACGGUGGUCGCCAAACCUAGCGAGAUGACCUCAGUGACAGCCUGGAUGAUGUGCAAGCUCAUGCAGCAGGCUGGCGUUCCCCCAGGCGUGGUCAACAUCGUAUUCGGCACGGGCGCCCGGGCGGGAGACGCCCUGGUGGGCCACCCCGACGUCCCCCUGAUCUCCUUCACGGGCUCUACGGCCACAGCCCGCGUUAUCACCGAGCGCAGCGCCCCUUACUGUAAGAAGCUGUCGUUGGAGCUCGGCGGCAAGAACCCCGCUGUGAUAUUCGCCGACGCCGAUCUGGAGCGCUGCAUCGAGACCACCGUCCGCUCCAGCUUCUCCAACCAGGGGGAGAUCUGCUUGUGCACCAGUCGGAUUUAUGUGGAAAGUGGUGUUUAUGAGACGUUCUUGGAGAGGUUUGUGGCCGCCGCCAGGAAGUGGAAGACGGGGGUACCUUUGGACCCUGCCAACAGCAAUGGCGCACUUAUCAGCAAGGAGCACUUGGAAAAGGUGCGUGGCUUUGUGGCGCUGGCCAAGUCGCAGGGCGCCACGGUGCACUGCGGCGAAGGCGUGGACACGCUGGAGCUUCCGGAGAGCAACGUCGGCGGCUACUUCAUGGGCCCCACCGUCAUCUCAGGCGUCCCGCAGGACUCCCGCGUCAUGCAGGAGGAGCUCUUCGGGCCGGUCACCUGCGUCCUCCCCUUUGACGGCGAGGACCAGGCGCUGGCCCUGGCCAACGGCGUGCGCUACGGCCUGGCGGCCACCGUGUGGUCCCGCGACGUGGCCAAGGUGCACCGUGUGGCGGCCGGGCUUCAGGCGGGCUUGGUGUGGGCCAACUGCUGGCUGGUCCGCGAUCUCAAGCUGCCGUUCGGAGGCAUGAAGAGCUCGGGCGUGGGCAGGGAAGGUGGAAAGGAUUCCUACCACUUCUUCACAGAGGUCAAGACCGUCGCCGUCCAAUACUGAAAGGCCUUGCGGAAGGAGAUCAGGUGUGGCGACCGCAUUUUUCUUUGUCUUUGUUCAGCUCCUUUCCGUAUUCCCAGAGAGUUCGUGAGGUUUUGCUUCCAAUGUUUGCCCCCCCACCCCCCAGAUCCCAACAAAUUACCAUGAAGCAUUAGGCUCAUUCUACGAUGAGAGCAAGCAUUCCAGUUUGACACAAAGCUAAAAUUUGAGAAAAACAAAGCACACAAUUUUACAGGAAGGAAGUCAAAUGAUAGUAAACAAAAUAAAGACUUUUGAUGAAAACAAA